CAGAGGACACACUCCCUCCCUGACUCUUGAAUCUCCGCCCUUCCUACCUUAUCAGCGCCCCCCCUCUCUCUCUACUCUCUCCCUCUCUUAUCUUCUGUUCUGCCGCUACGCCUCCACUCCUCCCUCUCCAUCUUUUCAUUCCUUCCCCCGCCACACCUCUUCAUCUCUGCAUUAGUUCCCGUCAUCGAAAUCGACUUCCCCCCUCCCUUUUCUUCAUUCCCCGGCACUACCAACAAUCUAGAAUUUUCUGUAAGCCCUCUAGAAGCUUCAACAAGGCGACGUCUGAAAUGAAGCUUUAAUGGCGGUGGCCCUGUUCCUCUCCUCUCUGAGUUGAGUUUUCCAGUCGGAAGCCGCCGCCGCCGCUUACUCUCCCUUCAUCUGGUAUUAAGCGGGUCUUCCUUCCACGGUUGGAGGCUAAGUUGUUUGCGAGAUGGCGCCGAAAGGAGGACGGAGCAAGUCCAAGGGCGAGAAGAAGAAGAAGGAAGAAAAGAUUCCUGUGGUUUUGGACAUCACCGUGAACCUCCCAAAUGAUUCUCAAGUUAUUCUCAAGGGAAUAUCGACGGACAGGAUCAUGGACGUCCGGAGAUUAUUGGCUGUGAACACAGAGACAUGUAGCAUCACCAAUUAUUCACUGUCCCAUGAGGUCAGAGGACAUAGAUUGAAGGAUUCAGUGGACGUCUCUGCCUUGAAGCCGCCAGUCCUUACACUUGUGGAAGAGGACUACGACGAGAACUCGGCGGUGGCGCAUGUGAGGAGGCUGCUGGACAUUGUUGCCUGCACCACUUGGUUCGGCCCUUCUUCCUCCGCGACCAACGCCGCCAGAUCCAAGGCCGACCCCAAGAAGGAGCCAUCACCACCACCCAAAGAUGGCGCAGCAGCCAACGGUACAGGUGGGGGUGGUGGAGGCACAGCAGAGAAGCGCACCAUUACCACCACCGCCACCACCACGACGAAGGACGGCGGAGGCAGCGGCGUCACCACCACCAACGUCAAUAGCAGCUCGACGGACUCUUUGUCGGCCGGCGCGAAGGACGUGACGGAGGGGGAGGGAGAGGUGAGCGGCGCCCUCCCCCGACUCGCUCAAUUUUAUGAAUUCUUCUCCCUCUCCCACCUCAUGCCUCCUCUGCAAUUCAUACGGAGGUCUACCAGGCAAAGUGGUGAUGAAACUCGUUCCGAUGGGGAUCUCUUCUCUCUUGAAGUAAAACUUUGCAAUGGAAAGCUGUUUGUUGUUGAAGCCUGUACCAAAGGAUUCUAUAGGGAUGGGAAGCAGAGGAUACUGUGCCACAAUCUUGUUGACUUGCUUCGGCAGCUUAGUCGAGCCUUUGAUAAUGCCUAUGAUGAUCUCAUGAAAGCAUUCGCAGAGCGCAACAAGUUUGGAAAUCUUCCGUAUGGUUUCCGUGCAAAUACAUGGCUAGUCCCCACUGUAGCUUCCCAGUCCCCUUCAGAUUUUCCUCCACUUCCUACAGAGGAUGAGACCUGGGGAGGCAAUGGAGGUGGCUUAGGAAGAGAUGGGAAAUUUGAUACAAUUCCUUGGGCAGAUGAGUUUUCAGUCCUUGCUUCCAUGCCUUGCAAGACUGCAGAGGAACGUCAGGUUCGCGAUCGGAAGGCUUUCUUGCUGCACAGCCUUUUUGUAGAUGUUGCAAUUUUUAAAGCUGUUUCCUGUGUGCGGAGUGUCAUGGAGAGAUCAGAUUCAGCUUCUGCAGAUGGCACUACUGAAAUCCUGCACACGGAGAGAGUAGGGGAUUUAUGCAUAACAGUCUUGAAGGAUGCUCCUGAUGCUAGUUGCAAAGUGGACACGAGAAUUGAUGGAAGUAAAUCAAUUGGCAUGGACCCCAAGAAAGUUGCUGAGAGGAAUUUGCUGAAAGGAAUAACUGCUGACGAAAAUACAGCGGCACAUGACAUUGCCACUCUGGGUGUCAUCAAUGUGCGGUACUGUGGUUAUAUUGCUGUAGUUAAAGUGGACAGCGGUAGGAAAGACAAAGUUCUUUCUUCUGUGCAGAGCUGUGAGAUUGGUGACCAACCUGAAGGGGGUUCCAAUGCCCUGAACAUCAAUAGUUUGAGGGCACUUCUUCACAAAAAGCCACUUCAGCCAAACAGUAAAUUAACACCACAUUUACAUAACUUGGAAAUUGAGGAGCUUCAUUCAGCCCAAAUUUUUGUCAAGAGAAUAUUAGAAGAAAGUCUGAAUAAGCUUCAGCUGGAGGAGCAGGACAGGGGCAGCUUUAUAAGGUGGGAACUUGGAGCAUGCUGGAUACAACAUUUGCAAGACCAGAUCACAGCUGAAAAAGAAAAAAAGAAAUCAAAUGAAAAGGCAAAAACUGAAAAAACUAUUGAGGGGCUUGGAAAGCCACUUCGGUUGGUCAGGAGUAUUAAGAAGAAAACUGAUGUGAGCACUUCCAGACUGCAGCUGGAUGAUGAGAAACAUAAUACUGUAACUGGUGAAAGUGAAAAUUCAAAGCCCAUCGACCAUGAAUCUGUAAGCAGAGCAUUGGAGAAUGAAGCAGCACUUAAAUUGUUAUUAACCGAUUCAGCUUUUACGCGGCUGAAAGAAUCUGAAACUGGCCUUCAUUGCAAGUCAAUCGAGGAACUCAAUGAGAUGGUGCAGAAAUAUUACGAAGAAGUAGCGCUACCCAAACUGGUUGCGGAUUUUGGUUCAUUGGAACUUUCACCUGUUGAUGGCCGGACACUGACAGACUUCAUGCAUACCAGGGGCCUUCAGAUGCGCUCACUUGGGCAAGUUGUUAAACUGUCAGACAAGCUUUCACAUGUGCAGUCGCUCUGUGUUCAUGAGAUGAUUGUAAGAGCUUUCAAGCAUAUUCUUCGAGCUGUGAUAGCGGCUGCUCCUAGUAGGGAAGAGCUGGCAGCUUUAAUAGCUGUAACUCUAAACAUAUUGCUUGGAGUUCCCGAAGUAAGGGAAUCUCAUGGCAGCUGCAACGUGAAUGCCCUUGUCUGGAGAUGGUUGGAGUUGUUCUUAAUGAAGAGAUACAAAUGGGAGUUAACCAGCAACAGCUAUCGAGAUAUACGAAAGUUUGCUAUUUUAAGGGGAUUGUGCCACAAAGUAGGGGUGGAGUUGGCUCCUCGGGAUUACGAUAUGGAAGGUUCAAACCCCUUCAGGAAAAGAGAUGUUAUUAGCUUGAUACCAGUGCAUAAGCAAGUUGCUUGCUCAUCUGCCGACGGCCGGACCCUUCUGGAGUCCUCAAAAACAGCUCUUGAUAAGGGAAAGCUUGAAGAUGCUGUUAAUCAUGGAACAAAGGCCUUGGCAAAGCUUGUAGCAGUAUGUGGUCCUUACCAUCGGAUGACUGCUGGAGCCUACAGCCUUCUAGCAGUGGUUCUAUAUCAUACUGGUGACUUUAAUCAGGCGACCAUAUAUCAACAAAAGGCUCUGGAUAUUAAUGAGAGGGAGCUUGGCCUUGACCACCCAGAUACCAUGAAGAGUUAUGGAGACCUUGCAGUUUUCUAUUAUCGGUUACAACACACAGAACUGGCACUGAAGUAUGUGAAGCGUGCAUUAUAUCUGUUACAUCUUACAUGUGGGCCAUCUCAUCCAAACACAGCUGCUACAUAUAUCAAUGUAGCCAUGAUGGAGGAAGGCCUAGGCAAUGUACAUGUAGCACUUCGGUAUUUGCACAAGGCCCUGAAAUGCAACCAAAAGUUGCUUGGUCCGGAUCAUAUUCAGACUGCUGCAAGCUACCAUGCUAUUGCCAUUGCUCUCUCGUUAAUGGAAGCAUAUCCUCUGAGUGUUCAACAUGAACAGACAACAUUGCAGAUUCUUAGGGCCAAACUAGGUCCUGAUGAUUUGCGUACUCAGGAUGCUGCUGCGUGGCUUGAGUAUUUUGAAUCCAAGGCCUUUGAACAGCAAGAAGCUGCUCGAAAUGGAACACGAAAGCCUGAUGCAUCCAUUGCCAGUAAAGGCCACCUCAGUGUAUCGGAUUUGCUUGACUACAUAAACCCCAAUCAUGAUCUCAAAGGGAGGGAUUCUGAGGGUGGAAAGAAAAGGGGUAUUGGCACAAAGGCUAAAGGAAAAUCGAACCAAAAUUAUGGCAGAGCAAGCUCAGAAGAAUCUUCAAAAGAUUCAACAGAUGCUCCUGAGGAAGAUACAAGGGCUAGUGAUACUGACGUUGGUGAAUCAAAGGACUUGGGCAGCACUAUGCAAGUGCAGUCUAAACCUCAUGCAGAAAAAAUCGUCACUGAGAUGCAUGGUGUUUCUGGAAAUGCACCUUCUACUGUAGAUAUGGAGGGAGAAGAUGGAUGGCAAGCUGUUCAAAGGCCAAGAUCUACCAUCCUUACAGGGCAGAAAUCCCGACAAAGGCGAACAAAUGUUGGAAAAGUUUAUCUAUAUCAGAAGAAGGAAGCAAGUGGCACUGAAACCCUUCAACAAAGAUCAAGAAAUUCAUAUCCGAAUGGCCACUACUAUCUAUUGAAAAAACGAACUGCUACUUCUGGUGGUAACAUGGAGAAUCAACCUACAAAAAGCACUGCACCUGCAAACAGAUUCAGUCGAAAAAUAGUCAAAUCUGUAACAUAUAGAGUUAAAUCAGUGCCUUCAUCAACUAAUGCUGAUCCUCCUAGUGCUACAAGAAUUAGCAGCGAGGCAUCAAAUCCUGGAAGUGGAACUCAACUGGUAUCUGACGGACAGAAAAUGGCAAAAGGUGAUCAAACUGUUGCAGUCCCACAGAACAUUGCAGUUGGGACCUCCAGCUUGACAGCAACCCUUGGAAAAACUCCUUCUUACAAGGAUGUUGCACUGGCGCCGCCUGGCACAAUUGUGAGGAUGCAUGGUAGACAUCUCAAUGAUCAAAAUACUGACAAUCCAGAUUCAGUGGGUGAAAGUGAGACUCAGGAAUCACUUGUUUCAGAAAAAAGUGGACAAAACACAGAGGUACUAACAGAGAAUGAGACAGAGAAUCUUAUGCAGAUGUCACCUGAAACUUCAGCUGUUACAGAACUUAAUGACGACGUAGAAAAUGCAAAAGGUAAGGAUAAUGAUGUGAGCUCUUUGAUCAGUAAACGUGAGGAUUUAGUUCUGGAGAACCAUGAGCAAAGCCAGCAAUAUGUGGGAGCAAGCGAACCUCUUGGCGUCAACAUUUGCAGCACUCAAGAGGAAAGCAAGUUAAAGGCAGGAACGGUGGAGAACCUUUCCACUUUGGCCUCUUCAGGCCUUGAAGCGGCUGAAUCCUGCAAUAUUCUUGUCUAUGACAGACUGAAUGCAAAUGAUCCUGAAGGAACAAUUGCUCCCAGUAAUAACAGGGAUAUUGCAGAAGGCCAGUUGACUGCAUCAAAAGAAACAGAUUCAGUUCCAGGAGCCUUUGAGUUGCCAGAAGUGGAGAGUGAGAAAAAAGAUAUUGUGGGAGAAGCUGAAUCUUUCAGCAUACCUUCACCCAUGGGAGGUGAAAACCUAGGAAAGGGCAAUUUGGCAAGCGGAGAAAGUGAAACAGAUAUAAGAGCAUCUGCUCCUGAGACCAAGGAUACUUCAGAGGUACACAGCAAGAAAUUAUCUGCAUCAGCAGCUCCCUUUAAUCCUUCUCCUUCGGUUGUUCAUGGAGGCAUGCCUAUGAACAUCAACCCUCAUCCAGGUGCAAGUGCCAUGCCUGCUGUGGCACCUUGGCCUGUGAGCUUGCCUCUCCAUCCCAGCCCAACAGCAGUACCUGCAAUGACACCCAUUUGUACGUCCCCCAAUCAUCCAUAUGCAUCUCCAAGGUCACCUCAUGUCUUACACCCAUUGCCCUUUAUGUAUCCUCCUUACCCCCAACUACAACCAUUACCAGGUCGUGCUUAUGCUCUAAACAGUAACUACUUCCAGGCAAACAACCCCUGGCAGUGCAAUAUGAACCCAAAUGCUAUAGAGUUUGUGCCCGGAAUGGUAUGGCCAGGUUGCCCACCUGAUAUCUCCCUCUAUCCACCUGCCACUGACCCAGCAGCCAAACCUACAGUUGAAGAGAUGAACAGAAUACCGCCUGAUGACCUGAAACUGGCAGCUUCAAUCCCUCCAAUGGAAGCAAAGGUAGGUGAAGCUAAAAGUAUGGACGUUCCAGUUGAACUUGCAAGUUCUACAAUCACUUUAUCUGAUGAUGCUGCUGGGGAGAAUACAAAAGAUGAAUCGCCUGGUUCAAGUAGAAUCCAAGCUGGUGAGUUUGAACAAGAAUGCAGUAAAUCACCAGGUGAAAAAAGUGUCACUCCAGGGGAGCAACUUCAGAGCAGCAGUGAGAACAGAAGUGCUAGGAAUAGCAGAAAGAGUGAGGAUGAUGGUUCCAUUAACAUUUUGUUAAAAGGGAGACGAACAAAAAGGCAGAAUCUUAGGUUGCCUAUGAGCUUGUUGAAUAGGCCGUAUGGUUCACAAUCGUUCAAAGUUAUUUACAACAGAGUGGUAAGAGGGAGUGAAGCUCCCAAGUCUACAAAUGUUUCUUCCACUCGAGAUGGUUUAUCAUCUCAGGCUCCUGAGAUCAAGUCUAGUGCUGCAUAAAGCUCUUAAGCAUUCAUCUGAAGCAUGACACGUAGUUCCACCUUGGUCAAUUUAUCUUCUAAUGCGUGGGCUAUUUGGAACUUCACUUCUCAGUUCGCUGUCUGCUCAUAGUACACGCUGCACGGCACUGUCUAUUCUUAUCUAAGUCAUCUACUGGCUUUCACUUCGCUUUCUGAACAAAAUUCAGGUACCUUUCAGGCAGAGUUAGUUUUUCCAAAUUUUUUGGGGGCUCCAAAUAAUUGGUCGCAACUACCUUUCAAGCUUGACAGACGUUCUGCAAUCUACUUCUGCACAAUGUAUUGAGAAUAGAAAGUUUUACUAGGAAUUUCAUUAUUCUUAACCAAUACAGACAUUGUAUCCGGAUUGUCAGAAAAAAAGGGUAUCCGGAUAGAACAAGCAUCUUGAAAAUUUUUAUUUUCUUCAGCCUUUUUACCCUUUAGUGAAUAAUAUCUCAAAAUUUUGUUUAUUGAUUUUCUUAUCCCUUAUUUCUGAGAAAUUUCAUUGACUUGAAAUUGGUUCAUACUGGCUCCAUUAAAUUAAGAAGAAUAUGAAUUUGUGGCGAUGAGACAAGGGGAUGCUUGACUGCCCCUAAAAUUCUUUGGGCCACAAGUUUUGCUGCA